AUUUUUAUUCAUAUAAUGUAUUAGCAAAAAAGCAAUAUAAAUUCCUAAAAGUGAAAAAUAAAUAGCGAAUGCUUGUUAUUCUAUUAGAAAUUUCAAUAUAAUGUGGUCACUUAUAGAAAAAAAUAAAAAUGACAUCAUAUAUCUCUCACUCCUUUUAUUUAGUGUUGUCAUUGGACCAUAUUACAGAAAACUUAAAACAGUUGAGACUAAAAAAUGGGGUGGAACUAUUUUAGGUUUAAUUUUAAUUAUUAUUGUGUCUGGGUAUAGUGCUAUACAUCCUAUUUUAUCAGCUUCCUUAGGUAUAUUAGCCAUAAAGGUUGCAACUAUAAAAUAUUGCCAUAUUGUAACCUUUUUUUUGAUGUUUGGUUACUUAUUCUUCUUUCGCUUAGCUGACAAAUUUGGGUUCUCUUUAUCCUCUGGCCAAACAAAUCUAAUUGAGAUGAUCAUUGUUUUGCGAGUUGUUGGUGUUGCCUUUGAAAUGAAUGGAUCCUGGCUAGCAAUGGCAAAAGCCAAGAAAAAAAAUGAUGAAUUAGUUAAAUCUGAAAACAUAGAGGGUGCUUGCAAGAAGGAAGAAAGAGAUAAUGAGUUUCUUGAGUUAAUCAAUCCAGAUUUUAUUGACUUAAUUCACUAUUCCUUCAGUUACAUUGGAUUACUAACAGGUCCAUACUACAGAUAUCGCACCUUUAAUGAUUAUUUCUACUUGCCAUUCAGCAAACAUGCUGAUUGUUUUGGAUCAACAAUAUAUACCCUCAAAGCUGUACCUUUGUAUAUCUCACUAUAUUUGGCUUUUUCUUAUAUAUGCCCAUUGGAGUAUGUGUUAACUGAGGAGCAUAAUAACAGGAGCUUUCUUUAUCGAAUGAUGUAUCCAUGGGUGUUAUUUGCUGCAUUUAGACAAAGAAUUUAUGCAGGCAUGACAUUAGCUGAGAGUGUGUGCACUUCUGCAGGCCUUGGGGCAUACCCAAUACAAGGCAAGAAUAGGACCGGACAUGGUCCAACUGUUGGGUACUUACAAUUGAAAGAAAUGUCAGAAGAUGAAGCAAAGGCAACAGAAUAUGACUUCAUAACUGUAGAGUCUAUGGAGGUAUGGCAAUGUGAGUCUGUAGUGACUCUAAGGGACUCAAUGAAAGUAUGGAACAAAGCUGUGCAGUAUUGGGUGGCCAUGGUUGUUUAUAAGCGGUUUCCUAUUAAACCUCUCAAGGUGCACGCAGCACUUUUCGUAUCAGUGAUAUGGCACGGCUUUCACGCUGGUUAUUUCUUCUGUAUUUACUUCUGUCCGUUCUAUUUGAUGGCUGAAGACAUUUAUUACAAGUUGUACUAUAAGGAAGCGACUGGAUUGAAAAAAAAGAUAAUCGGUUUCAUAAUGUGGUUCCUUCGAUCACAUUCAGAGUCAUAUCAGGCCGCUGCCUUCCUGCUACUCACCUUUGAUAGAAUAUGGAUUUAUUAUUCAUCAGUCUACUUCUAUUGGUAUGGAGUAUGGCUUGUCUUCCUCAUAUUGGGAAUAAUUUUGAACCAAAUACAUAAAAUGAAUAAAAAGACUGAGUAAUUUAAGUUUUUUUUAGUAAUUUUAGUUUUGUCAAUUAUUGAUGGGAUCAUUUUAUUCAUGAAUAUCAUAUUGUGUGGAUUUCCAUACAUUUUUUGUGUACUGGGAAUUCAUAUUAUUUUGUACAUAUCAACUAAAUAAGAUACAUUGAUUUUUAGUCGGUUAGUUUGGUAUGAAAUUUUGAUCUGCAAAAUAUUGGGUUUAAAUGUAUAAGUAAGAAUUUAUUUAGAAAUAUUUUGUAAUUUAGAAUCUCAAUUUAAUAAUUACUUUAAUAUUGGAUUUAUUAUUUGAGCAAGUAAUCCAAGAGGUAUAUUAACAGAUUUGUAGAAUAAAAAUGCACUGCAAUAAAAGAUACAUACAUACAUAUUCAGAACAAUUAACAAAUUUAAAUAUCUGAAUUAUAAUUUAGCGCCAUCUAUUGGAAACUUAGUCAAAUACAUUUAGACAUGGUGUAAUUACUAAUUUUGUUUUAUGGCCUUAUCUAUAAUUGUACUAUUAGCAUCUGUUUGUUAAGGAUUUUGACUUGUAAUAAUUGUUAUUUUGUAAUCUUUCUUAGCAGUUGCAUUUAUAUUUGUAAUCUUAGAGGACAUUUUGUAUCUGACAGAUUCAAAUGAAACUUGAAUCUCUUUAUAAGAAUUUUUUUCUGUAUAUGUUUGUUAAUAAAAUUA